AUGGCAGGGAGUGAUAUGGCCCUAUGACUAGGCCACAAAGAGAAGGAAGGAGAAGGAGAGAGGAACAAGCAUCAACAACGUGCAUCCCAAGAGACCAUCGAUUUGGAAAUGGACUAAAAUACAACUGGAUUAAAGACUCAUCUGUUCAAGUCCACGUGUAGUCAUGCAGGAGAACCCAGGCUCUAUAGGUGUGGAUGGGGGAUAUGCCAGCAAUGUACCUGCUUUCCUUACUAAACUCUGGACUCUUGUUGAGGACCCAGAGACCAAUCAUCUGAUUUGCUGGAGUGCUACGAGCACCAGCUUCCAUGUUUUUGACCAAGGUAGAUUUGCCAAAGAGGUUCUGCCCAAAUACUUCAAACACAAUAACAUGGCAAGCUUUGUACGCCAGCUCAACAUGUACGGCUUCAGGAAGGUGGUGAAUAUUGAGCAGAGUGGGCUGGUGAAGCCCGAGCGAGAUGACACCGAAUUCCAGCACCUCUAUUUCCUCCAGGGCCACGAGCAUCUGCUCGAGCACAUUAAGCGCAAGGUGUCAAUAGUGAAGAGCGAAGAGACCAAAGUUCGGCAGGAGGACUUGAGUAAGCUGUUGUAUGAGGUGCAGGUGCUUCGCAGCCAGCAAGAGAACAUGGAGAUGCAGAUGCAGGAUAUGAAACAGCAGAAUGACGUUCUCUGGAGAGAGGUGGUGUCAUUGAGGCAGAAUCACACACAGCAGCAGAAAGUCACGAAUAAGCUGAUUCAAUUCCUGUUUAGCCAGAUGCAGUCCAACACUCCCAGCACUGUGGGAAUGAAGAGAAAGCUUCCUCUCAUGCUGAAUGACGGCUGCUCCACCCCUCCUGCCUCAAAAUUCAGCCAUAGCCACUCCACUGAGUCCUUGCAAGAAUCUUUCUAUAUCCAGACGCCAUCCACAGAAAGUGCAUCCUGCUCCAUUAGCAAUGUGAUGACAAGAGGGCCAAUAAUCUCUGAUGUCACUGAAAUCUCACAGUCCAGCACCAUGGCUUUACAAAUGCAGGCAGAGGAAUCUAGAGAAAAGUGUCUGAUGCUGAUUAAGGAAGAGCCGGUGAGUCCUGGGGUGCAGGGACGAGGAGAGAGUGUACCACUUGGCUCCUGUGAGGUGUGUGCUGAACCCCCCGUCCUCCCUGUUGCCAUGGUACAGUCCAUCCUAGAGGGCAAAGGAUCUAAUUUGGGAGAGAGAAGGGCCAAAAGACCAAUGCUGGAGAGACCAGAGAUUCCUGAUGGUGUGGAGAAUGUUGACAUGAGCCUGGAGGAUUUACAGCUGCUUCUGAGGAGUCACCUGCAGAGCAUGGAAACCAGUGCUGCAGAUCCCUUCACAUUUAGUCUGUCUUUGAACGAAUGGAACUUUUCAGAAAUGGACCCAAACCUGAAAUCAGAGCUGGCUAAUGCCCUCAUCCCUGCUGCUGUGUCCCAGUACAUGUUUCAGGGUCAGGACGGGGAGACGUACCCCACCGCUGGUUAUGAGGAGCAGUGAAGCUCUGAUAUGACAGCCAGUACAGAUCCCUCCUGAGAGUGAGCAGAGUGAUCCAUUUGAAAGCAUGCCACUUGGAAUGUAAAUUGUCUCAACAUCGGAAUUUAUCUGACUAUGUGGAGGUUAUAUACAGUAUAAAGUCAACAUGCUGGCCAACCCUUGUGAAGAUUCGCUCAGUUGGCCAUUGGUGGAAGGUGCAUAUUUACACAAACAUUUGAAGCAAUUCAAGCAAUUCAACUCUUUGGGGAUGAAAUAUUUACAAAAACCCUUUCUUCAAAAACUAUAUAAGGAGUUCAUUCUACAUCAAGAUCAUUUUGAAGAUAUUUUUCUUAUGAUAUAACACAUCCUAAGGAAACUUCUAUUGCCAAGGAAAAGGCAAUAUUAAGCAUUUCCCUCCCCAACAACUACAAUGCAGGUAAACAGUAUGCAAUAUGACAUAAAUUACAGUUUGAAUGCACUUUAGUCUGUGUGUUGGAGUUUCUGCUUUGUGGAGUUUUGAUUUCAUUUUCUCCAAAAUGUAACUGUAAAAAUGGUUCCAUAAAGAACCUUUAACAUCUGAAGAACCUUUCUUUUUCACAAAUGGUUCUUUGUG